GAGAAUGUGGACGUCGAACAAAAUCAGCAGAACCAGUCAGUGCUUCCCUUGCGCUGUGGCUACAUGUGCGUUAUUGUUUAUCUUUCAAUGCAAAUGUGUUUAUUGCAAACGGGGAUUGCAAUUAUUUCCAGAGAUGACUGUACUGGCCUCUCAGUAAAUCGACUCUGAACACCCAUACCGCCUCAGAUUGUUGCCUUCGUCUUUGCAGAUGAUGACCAGCUCUGUCUUUAAAGGAGAGGACAAGACAUCCCCCACAGGGUUCCAGCCUAGAGCUACAAGACCCUCAGACAUUAGUUUAACAGAACAAGUUUCUCUGCCCAGAUUGAGACUAGGGGUAAUGUUCCCCUGCUCAGACGUUGCAUUCAUCAACCAAUGGUUGCCUGCCACGCCAUCAACUGUGUCAUCGACUGACAGAUUGCUAUAACAUGAUUUGGUUAGUUGAAACUUAAAAUACAUAUCCAGGCGCUGUGAGAUCAGGUCAGGCGUCAGCAACUUCUGAGCAGAGGAACGCGCCUUACAUUAACUCAAAGUGGAGGGAGGAGAUUCACUGCAUAGCGUUAACCUGAAUCAAAUCAAAAUGGCUGCUGUCGUUUCUUUACCUAUCGUGAGACUCCACAGACUAACAAAGGAUCAACUGUCUCUCGCUGCUCAGAAGAACAAUAACAAACCAGGCAGAAAACCAACAAAUAAGAAGAACUUCACCACCACCAGAGGAAAGAAACAAUCCACAGGAAAAGGAAAUGACUCUGCUGACAGCAACAGUGUUUCUAGCCAGGAAUCGCCGGCCCCUAAGCGGUGGAGUCGCCCCAAGGGAAGCAAAAACAAACCCAAAAUAACUCUCAAACUUUCCAAUGCCAUCUUGAGGCCUGACGAGAUAAAACAAGAGGUGAAACAAGAGAUGGACGAGCUGCCUAUCGAAAUGAGAAGUGAUGAACACUGGUUGAACUCUGUGAAGCCAGAGAGCUACGACCCAGAGAUAGGUAACACCAGGGGACCUACAGAGAGCGACCCCAGGACAGAUGCACAUCACUUGGGUAUCAAGACGGAGGAUGCCCCCCUGUACCACCAGGAUGUAGGGAGGCAGCUGCGGUCGUCUACCGUUCAGCUGUUCAAUCUGGCUGUGUUGCGGUCCGAGCCGGAAUGGUGGCCUCGCAACCAGAAGGUCCGCCGGUUCCCGUGUCCAGAUUGCGGCCAGAAGUUCUUCUCCAAAACCACACUGGAGUUACAUUCCCGGAUCCACACCCAGUACCAGCCGUACUCCUGCGAGGUGUGCCAUAAAACGUUCUCCCGGAAAGGCGGUCUGGUCGAGCACCGACCAAUCCAUGCGGCGGAACGCCCCUUCGCCUGCCUCCAAUGCGGCAGGACCUUCACAUUCAAAUCCAACCUGACCCGCCACAUGCGAUUCCACAGCGAUGCACGGCCCUACGUCUGCCCACAGUGCGGCCAAGGCUUCAAGAUCUCCGCCCAACUCAAGAGCCACAUGAUUUCCCACAGCGGGAAUAAACCGUACGUGUGCCCGGAGUGCGGCCAGAGUUUUGUCCGUUACAUGAGUCUGAAGUAUCAUCGGCUGAGCCACACCGGCGAGCGCCCGCUGUCCUGCCCAGAGUGUCCCAUGACCUUUGCCCGGCCGCACACCCUUAUGAUCCACCGGCGACAGCACACCGGGGAGACGCCAUAUUCUUGCCAGGACUGUGGGAAGAGGUUCAAACAGGGGUGCCAAUUGAAAGACCACGUUAGAAGGAAACACACAGGGGAGAAACCUUACAAAUGCUCCGAGUGUGACAAGUGCUUCGUCACUUCGGCGUCCCGUAAAGUGCACAUGGUUGUCCACACAGGGGAGAAGCCGUACAAAUGCACAGAGUGCUGUAGGAGUUACAGUCAGAGUGGGGGCCUGAAGAGGCACAGGUGUGAGCAGCAAACCAGGUGAGGGGAACCUUGGGGUAUGCCCCAAAUGGCACCCUAUUCUCUAAGUAGUGCACUAGGGACCAUAGGGCUCUGGUCAAAAGUAGUGCACUAUAUAGGGUUCUGGUCAAAAGUAGUGCACUGUAUAGGGAAUAGGGUGCCAUUUGGGACAUAGACCCAGUGUUCUGAGUGUAGGAACUGGAGAGUGGAUCCUUGAAGCAGCACAGGUGUAAGCAGCCACGUAGGUGACAGAAGCCAGGUGAGAGGAUUCUCAGGUGUCCUGAGUUGGGAAACUGGCCUUUGUUUAUACAGGAUUUAAAGGAGCAAUCUGGGAUUGGUACAUCCAUUUUUUUUAAACUUUGAUUCUUGAGGAAUAUAACUUAGAAAUGCCUCUUGAAUUUAGUUAUUGUUUUACCCCAUCAGACCUCUAAAUAUAUGAUCGCCUCACCAGGGAAAACAAUAGGCUGUUCCAUUGACUGUUAUAUCAGUUAUUGAACCCUCAAUAAAAUGAUCUGUUUUCACUGUGAUGCAGUCCCACUCUCACCUGAGGUGUGAUGUGAACGUACUGGGCCGGUUUCCCCAGACGCAGAUUAAGCCAAAUCCUGGAAUUAAAAGCAGGAGAAUCUCCAGUGAAAUAGGUUUUUAUCCUAGCGCUAGGCUUAAUCUGUGUCCAGGAAACCGGCCCAGUACGUUCACAUCACACAUCAGGUGAGAGUGGGACUGCAUCACUUUUUUCUUUACAUAGUUGAAUGUGCUGACAACAAAAUCACACAAAAAUAAUCAAUGGAAAUCCAAUUUAUCAACCCAUGGAGGUCUGGAUUUGGAGUCACACUCAAAAUUAACGUGGAAA